AUGAACUUUUUCAGACUAGAAGGAGCCAUACCAUCAUGUCUGUCACUGAGACUAUUAACUCCGAUUACAAAUGCAGGGAAUGUGCACCUUCCAUUGAUAAUAUUUGCUGCAAUCCUCGUCGCAACUGUAGGAUCAACACUACUUUUUUACAGAAUAGUGUGGCAUUUAUUAAGAGGAAGAGGAAGAAGAAGAGUUCUAAGGAGGAACAGUGAAAGUCGCAUCGAAGAAGAUUCGACUGUUAGGAGGCCAAUUUCUGAACUCCAAUCCUUGCAAUUUCAUCUGCAAACGAUAGAAGCCGCCACAAAUAAUUUCUCAGACGACAACAAGUUAGGGGAAGGUGGAUUUGGUCCGGUUUACAAGGGUACGCUGCCUGGUGGUCAAGAAAUUGCAGCAAAGAGGCUGUCUAGGAGCUCUCGACAAGGAGUCAGGGAAUUCAAGACUGAGGUUGAACUAGUAGCCAAGCUUCAACACAGAAACCUAGUGAGGCUACUGGGAUUCUCCAUGGAAAGAGAUGAAACAAUACUAGUCUACGAAAAUAUGCCCAACAGGAGCCUCGAUCGCUUGUUAUUUGAUCCGGAGCUCAGUAGACAGCUGGAUUGGUCGUCACGUUACAAGGUCAUGGUAGGGGUGGCGCGCGGAUUGCUAUACCUUCAUGAAGAUUCUAGGCUUCGAAUUAUUCACCGUGACCUCAAAGCCAGCAACAUUCUGCUAGAUGCUGACAUGAACCCAAAAAUCUCAGAUUUCGGUUUGGCCCGGAUCUUCGGAACUCAUCAGACUCAAGCAAGCACAAAUAGAAUCGUCGGAACAUAUGGCUACAUGUCUCCUGAGUAUCUGAUGUUUGGACACUUCUCGGUAAAAUCCGACGUCUUCAGCUAUGGUGUGUUAAUGCUAGAGAUUAUAACUGGCAAAAAGAACAGCCAAUCCUUCUCUUUGGACUCUGAUGAGGGCCUGCUAGACUAUGUUUGGAAGCACUGGACCAACAGAACGCCGUCGGAAGUGGUGGAACCAGCUUUAAGUAAUGCUUACUCCAUGGACGAAGUGAUCAGAUGCAUACACAUCGGCUUGCUCUGCGUGCAAGACAAUAUGGAGGACCGACCUACCAUGGAUGCGGUUAUUCUCAUGUUAAACAGCGACUCUGUUAGCAUCCCAGUUCCUCAAAGACCUGCAUUCUUCUUCUCAAGUAAGAAGUACAAACCGGCACCUUUUGGUCUGAACUCAGAUCAAUCUUCCAGCAAAGUUGACCAAUCUAACAGCAAGAUUACGCCGUCGUGCUUUGCGAGUGACAGUGGUUCGGCAGAUACAGGUUUCCAUAGCCAAGGUUUUGAGGCUAGCGUUAGAUCAAUUCGCUGUAUACAUUCUACCAUAUAAAUCGCGUGUGUACAACGUGUAUGAGCCAAGAUAUAUCUUCAUUGCCAGGAUUGUGGCUCAUUUUUUCCUAGGAGGAGGAUAAAAGAAUGGCACGGGUAUGAACAAUUCCAUUUGAUUAGAAGAGUUUGGCACUGCCUAUCCUGGUGUCUGAUUCAUUUCUUCUUUGUUGCAUAUUAGC